AUUUCCCAUGGAAAGGGACUUAAGUAUCAGCCUAGCAGAAUCAUAUGCCCAGAGUUUGACAGCAGGAGUGGGGAUCCCCAUCUGACUCUGGAAUAUCUCGCCUUGACUGCAGAAAAACCGCUGAAACACUGUUAGAAAUUCAGGUGCAAUGAAAACUACAAGGGUACUUUUCUGCAGACUCUUUGUUGUCCUGUACCUCCUUCAGAUGGUUACUCCAAGUUCAGAACAAUUCAUGGUGAAAGGCAUAAAGGGGCCAAUCCUGGCUCCAUUUGGUGGAGAAGUUGAGCUCAGCUGCCAGUUGUCUCCACCGCAGAGUGCACGACACAUGGAGAUCCGCUGGUUCCGUAACCGCUACACACAACCCAUUUACCUGUACAAGGAGGGUAAAGACCUGUAUGGAGAAACUACCUCCAGGUAUGUGGAGCGGACAGAACUCCUCAAAGAUGCCAUUGGAGAAGGUAAAGUGACCCUCAGGAUCUUUAAUGUCAGUGUUGAUGAUGAUGGGCAGUACCACUGCUUCUUCAGAGAUGGUGAUUUCUCUGAAGAGGACAUCACAGAAGUGAAGGUCACAGCUACAAGCUCAGACAUACAGAUUUUUGUGCAUCCUCCUAAUACCAAAGGUCUUAUUAUGGAAUGUCAUUCAGGAGGUUGGUUCCCACAGCCUCAAAUGGAAUGGAGAGACAGCAGAGGAGACAUACUCCUACCUACAUCAAAAUCUCACUCACAGGAUAGAGACAAAUUGUUCAACAUGAAGAUGACCCUUCUUCUCAGGGAUGCCCACUCUGGAAAUGUUGCUUGCUACCUUAGAAACCCUCUAACUGGCCAAGAGGAAAGAACGAGCAUUGUCUUAGCAGAUGAACUAUUUUCACAGAAGAAAAUUUGGAUAAUAAUUAUAAUUACACUUGUGACAGUGCUGAUAUCCUCUAUUGCAUUUCCCAGUGUUGUAUUCUAUUGCCAACAGGAACAAGAUAGAUGCUGCAGCUGGAAUUCUCCUCUGUUAGUGGGUUCAGUGAUAAUUAUUUCUUCAGUGGUUGUAGAUGUCAUACUCAGUGUCUGUUUGUAUCAGCGUCAAAGAGUUCCUGAUUCAGAUCCACUAUUUGCAUUGGAUGCCAUCUGGGCAGAAGAUAUGAUUGUGGCCCUCUGGGUGCUGAUGGUCUUCAUCACCAUGCUCAUUUCCCUUAUUUACUUCAAAAUGAGAGAUUCCCACCGUGAUGCUCGGCCUAACCUUGGACCUGAAGCAAUGGAGUUGGCUGACCAUAGACUGAAUUCCUGAAAUCAUGAACCUGAAAUAAACUAUUCCUCCUCUAAGUUGUUCUUAUUAGGUAUUUUGACUACAAGGAUGAAAAGUUGACUAACACAGUGCCGUUCCUUUUCCCACCUGGAACAAUACUUUAGCAAGGCUAAAUUAUACUACAUGUCACCUGAGACAUGUGGUGCAUGUGAAGGAAAGCCUCACUACAGAGGGCUCCUGCCCUUUUGUGGAUUAGGAGGAGUAAUGAGGGUAUACAGGGAAGGAUUAGGAAUGGAAAUGUAUUGAGUCAGAAGAGAGAAGAAUUUUUAUAGUCAAGAUAUUCUAUAAAAUAGACUCAGCAGAGAUGAUUGAAAAUUGUCUUAGCUGAGGAUCUCAAUAAAGAGGCCUCUAAAAGAAAGUUCCUGGACCACAUAUGCCAAGAGCAUGACUACCUGAGAGCUGGGGAUUGAUUCCUUGCCUGCAACUCCCUGCAGACACUUUAAGGCACUGGCUGUGUGCAGUAUGUGGUGUAGGAAAACAGCUUUCUCCAUGAGGCUUGCUAAGCAAAGUCUUUGUAAUUUCCUAUGGCGGGACAUAAAGGAUCACACACAGGAUAUUGGGCAGGAGACAAACUUCCCUCAUUACAUUCUUAAUGUUCAGAUACCGUCCACCAUUGAAAUGAAACAAAUGCAGGGGAUAAGUGUGUUUGCAAAGUACAAAUUUGUACUCUUUAUACUAGUUUCUGCCAACAAGAAAAUCAGCCCAGUCAUUUGCAUUUAUAAGAAUGGAUUAAUGAUAAAGGGAAGUAGUCUGGAUCCUAUAGUCAAUACUCUUCAGCUUAAGUCACAUUUACCUACUGACUCAAUGAGACUAACUGCUGUGACCUGCACAGCCAAACCCUAGAAACUGGCAAGGGGCAACGGGGAAUUAAGAAAGACACAUAAAUAUUUAAAGAGAAAGCUGGGAUCAGGUGAUACAUUGAUCUGUGAUGGAGAAGCAGUGACCCACAGUUAGCACAGCACAUUUAUUAUAUAGGGUUUCAUAAUCAGGAAGUUAAUGUUCUUUGUGCACUAAAAAGUUACAGGACCAAAAAUAUUUUUGUAGCUAUUCUACUGUUGCAAUGUCAGGAGCAUCCUGUUGUGCUCAGGAAUCCCAUUGUCCAGAGUUCCUAGUAAGAGGGCAGGGUUGGAGGUCAGAGCACUGGUCAUACAUUGUGGUUAUCUUGUCAAGCUCAGAAUUCUCUUUUCCUUGGAAUUGGUGCCUGAGCUCAAAGUCAAGACUGAUAUAGCUCUGUGUUUUUGCCCAGAGCCUUAUCAGGCAGGCUGUCCAUAGCAACUGGGCAAUCUUGACCUGCACCUUGCUUGCCCAAGAAGUUCCCAAUGCAAGUGUACCACAACCACGAGGCAGAGACCAUGAUCCAAAUCACUGCUCUCCAUAACUAACAAGAAAGAGUGAAGGAGAAGUUUUACUUUCUGUAAUGCAGAAGACCAAAGGAACUGAAAUAUACCCUCUUCAGCUACAUGGAGCUCCAAGGCCAUUGAUUGAUGGUGCUUCUCUGUAUCCUACUAAGAACAAUGAUGGAGGUGAUUGAACAGUUCAAAUAUCUUGUCAAUGUGUCUUUUGUUUUUUCCAAAAGUAUCUGUGUAAAAGAGGUUAAAAACAAUGUAUCUGAGCUAGAGAUUACACAAUACAAUGAACCGAGAAAGCCAAAUCAUUGCAUUUCUCAUCACUUAGGCCCUAUUAAUGUGUCUCAAAUUGGUAAUAUUAUAGAGCUUCUUAGUAAGAACUUCAUGAUAGCACAGUCAAAAUUUAAAAUGAUCAAAACUGACUGCAUUUUUGAAUGCCCUUUAAAUAACUGCAUUUUUUGAGUAAAUAAACAGAUAACUGCAAUAAUUAGAUCAAUUUUACUUUUGAACGAUUUUUUUUUCAGCUGCAUCCCCGUACCAUCUCACUGGAUGAAUUUAGCUCUUCUCAUAUGUUGAAAAGUUGAUCAUUUAUAUUCCAUGUGUCUCAUGUUUCACAAUUUUCCAAGUUUCAAAAGUAUACAUGAAGCUGGUACAGUGGCACAUGCCUACCAGCAGUUUGGGAGGCUGAGGAAGGAGGAUUGCAAGUUCAAAGCCAGCCUCAGCAAUGGCAAGGCACUAAGCAACUCAGUGAGGCCCUAUCUCUAAAUAAAAUACAAAAUAGUGCUGAAGAUGUGGCUGGCUGACUGAGUGCUGCUGAGUUCAAUUCCUGGUAAUCCUCCCCAAAAAUGUUAUGGAUGAAGAUAUUUAGAAAAAAUGAAAAAAAAAAGCAUAACCCAAGAUAAAUUCUGAUGUGUCUUGUUCAAUAAUUUUAUUUUUUAAAUGACUGAUCCUGAGUGAAACACAACAUAUAUUUAUUUUAUUUGAGUUACAAGGAUAUAAGGUGAGAGGAGAUAAGCACACAAAGGCAGGCAGGAAGGUAUCUUUUGAUUACAAUUUCAACAGUGUAUAUGUUUAUUUCAGUUAUGAAGAAAUAAUAUGAAAAUUAGGCCAGGCUCUUUUCUUAGGCACAUUUAUUAUUUACAGGGCUUCUCCCAGGAGAUAUUUUAAGCUAAGGAAUUCAAGUUAAGCCAUGUCUAAAUAAAAGUUGUUUCUUGUAGCUUUUCCAAGUAUCUCUGGCAUCUCAGAGGAAGUUAAUAUGUUCUCAAACAUGUUCUCAUCUCAACUGUUUGCCUUCAGUAAAAUGUGAAUUCACUACCUUCAGUAAAUUUAUUUCUUUGACAGAUCACAUGUAAAACUGAAGGGACUGAACAGAAAUAAAUUGUCUCGUUUGCAACUGUGAAUAGAGAGACCACAGUGAAACAAAAUGCUAACCCCUCAGAAGGAAGUAAUUAUGACUGUGUAAAUGUCUACAUGUGCCAAUUACUAUGUAGAGGUAAAGAAAGAUACAUUUGGGUACUCAGAUUUGAUUUAUGUUGAUUCAAAAAAGUGGUGAAAAUACAAUAAGAUGAGCUAAAGGAAAACAACAAUAAAACCAUUAUUCUACAUGGCAAAAUGUAAAUAAUUCCCUGAAAGUAGAAAUAAUUGUAUUUCAGUAUUAAAGAAAACUAUUCUUAAGCCAGACACAAAAAGACAAAUAUUACAUGUUUUUACUCAUUUGUGGAAACUAGUAAGUUAAUCUUGUAGAAGAACAGAAUGUAAUAGUAAUCAAUAGAGACUGGGAGGAUAUGGAAAGAAGUUCAAUAAGGGGCACCAAGGCAAGAAAGGGAGGAAUGUUAGCACCUUAGGGUAACUAUGGCUUAAAAUAAUCUAUAGUAUAUUUCAAAACAGCUGGAAGAGUACACAAUUCUCAACCUAUAAAAAUGAUGAUUAUUUAGUGAUUAUUUAGAGAAGUAGAAAUUAAUACAUUUAUGAUGUAAAAUUAGCAUAGACAACUUGAAGAGAACCUGUCAGUAAGAACAAAUUGAAAUUGAAUUUUUAUCAUCUUCCUUUUUUUUUUUUUGGUAGUAGUGGGUAUUUAACCCAGGGGCACUCUAUCACUGAGCUACAUCCCUUGCCUGCCCUUAUUUUUAUUUUGAGACUGGGUCUCACUAAAUUGCCUAGUCUGGCCUCAAAUUUGCCAUCCUCCUGCCUCAGUCUCGACAGUAGCUGGGAAUAUAAGCAUGUAUCCCUAUACCCAGUCUAUCCCACUUUUUACUAGGUGUCUAUUGCAGAUCUGAAUAAAAUUUAAAAAGAUAGGGAGGGUAAGAGAGGAAGGAGGAAGACAAAGAGAACUAUUACUUUUAAAGAAGCAAAUGAAAUUCAAUAAAUACAAUAAGUUUUCUUAUAUUGCCAUAAAUAUAAUUUAAACAGAUAAUGUUAGGUAAACACAAGUAUGUGUUAAAAGGAAAAAUUAAAGCUUAAUAACAGUGAUAUAAAUUUGAAAUAGUCAAAAGCGCACACACAUACACACACACAUUAAAAAAAUUACAAAACCAUCCACACCAAAUUACAGGUGUCUGAGGGAGUAAAUAAGGAGCAGAAAUUGUUGUUUGAUAUUUCACUGAAUUGAAAAAUUUUUUUAAUACUUUAAACAAAGAUACGGGAAGAAAAUUGUAAUCUCUGCUUAAUUUUUGUUAAAUAGUUGAAUGUUACAAACUGGAGAGUAUUCAAAAACAUUUACUUAAUUUUGAUAAGAACAGCAGGAGUCUAUGGAAUUUUGGCCAGAGGUAUUCCCAUCUCCUAUUCUGGCCUUAAAUUUCAUGACACAAAAUUUUACCCUAGAAGAGAUACAUAGGCCUUAAAGAUUGGUACCUCUGGUGGUGUGCCAGAAAAGAGCACAUUAUUUGGAGCAGAAUAUGAGAAAACACAGAGUGUUUUAGAAUCAGUAGAGAUCUCAGGAGAAAACAAUUAGGGAAAGCUAACAAUCUGAGCUAUAUUACUCUGAAGAAGCAGGAAAAAAACCAUGGCAGACCAACCGAAAAUUAGCAGAGAUUCAUGGAAAAUGACAUCCAACUUGCUAGGAUGACUCUUACUCCUGGUAGUAAAUAUGACUGUAUAUUGGGACAGAUCAGAAUUUAUGUUUUGCAAAAUAUUAUGUUUAAAAAUCCAGUUUCAACAACUACAGUGAGGCAUGCAAAGCAAUAGAGAGGUGUGAACUGUACAUAGAAAUAAAUGCAGGCAAUGAACAAUGUCUUUGAGGUGGUCUAGAUGUUGCAACUAUCAGAUAACAACUUUAAAGCAUUUAUUAUAAGUGUGUUCAAAGAAUUGGAAAAUGUUUAAAAUUUGUAAAUAACUGUAUUUCAACCUCAAUUACAGACAAUCAAUAAAGAGAAAUUAUAGGGGCUGGGGUUGUGGCUCAGUCGUAGAGUGGUCACCUAGCAUGCACGAGGCACUGGGUUCGAUCCUCAGCACCACAUAAAUGUAAAAUACAUUGUGUCCACCUAAAACUUAAGAAUAAACAUUAAAAAAAAUGUAUGUCCCAAUGUAUCAUCUCUUUACAUGAUAA